UCAUUAUCCACUUGAUAUUUGGGAAAUUUACUUUGAAAUACUAAAAAUGCUUUUACAAACUCGGGAAUGGGGAAUGGAUAUAUUUUUAAGAAAACCUAAGAAUAUAAUCAAAUCCAAGCGAUCAACCAAAAUUUCUGUGUUAUGUACCGCGGUUAUAGUAUGGUUUAAGAUGACACACGGGUUGAUGACGUCAGUUACUCGAAUCGCUUGAACGCGUUGGUUUUAACCGCGGUUUUGUUGCAGGUUGUUUAUUUUAGAAAUGCGCGUAUAUUAUACCUAGUUUCUGAUUAUUUUUAUUAUCACUUAAUAAUCAGUGCGUCUACAACAGUGAUAUGGAAAGUUUAAACAAGAAAACUUUCAUGAUAUUAAUGGGAGAAAUGUUUUUUUCCUCAGAAGAUAUUGUUCAUGUGUUGAAUCACUUGAAAAAAUCGCUGUUAUGUUCACACAAGUUUGUCGUGAAUAUAAAGGAUAUGACGCCCAAAAUUUUAAUGGUGGAACCAUGGAUUUGUAGCUAUGAGAACUUCCAGUUCUUUAAACUUUUCCGUAUGUCAAAGAAAACAUUUAUUGAAUUAGCAGAAAAGAUAGGAAAAAGCGACGAAAAAAAGAUAUUAGCAAAGCCAUAUACAGGUGGUCACUAUCCAGUGAGUUUAUAUGGCCAUAUUUUAAUAUUCUUGUGGUAUAUGGCUACACAGGAUACUUUGUUAAGCAUAGGAACUAGAUUUAAAGUGUCCCCAACAACAGUGAUGAGUAUAACAAAUAAGGUGCUCUACUUCAUGCUAAAACUAAAGUCAGCCUACAUUAAGUUUCCCAAAAAUGAAGCUGAAAUGAGAGACAUUAGUGAAGGUUUCAAGAAGUAUCCAGGGGUUAUUGGAGCAGUAGAUGGUACCCACAUAUUUGUAAAGGUUGAAAAAAGUCAACAAGAUAGCUACAUAGACCGCUAUAGAAGAACAUCUAUAAAUCUCAUGGCAAUAUGUGAUUCUAACACUUUAUUCACCUAUGUGUUUUUAGGAUACCCUGGAUCUGCUCAUGACUCACGGGUUUUUGAAAAUUCAAUUAUGUGCAAAAACAUUGAGAGACAUGGGCCAAACUUCUACUUUUUGGAUACUCAGAAAUAUCACCUAAUUGGUGAUAGUGCAUUUGCAUUAAGAACUUGGCUUAUUACUCCUUACCGAGGCGACAAUGUGACCAGAAAGCAAAAAUUUCACAAUUACUGUCUUAGUUCCGACAGAGUAAAAAUUGAACAUUGUUUUGGGGCAUAUAAGGGUAGGUGGAGAAGGGUGCAAUAUAUAAAUACCUAUAACAUUUGCAAAGCAGUGGAGAUUGCAACAGCUGCAUGUGUUCUACACAAUUUUUGCAUUUUGCAUAAAGACACCUGGAGUAACGAUUUUUUUGGAAUUGACCUGGACAGAAAUAUAAAUCAGGCUGAACUAGAAGAUAGGGGUAACAUAGAAGCAAAGCGGAAAAGAAAUAGAAUUGCAGACACUUUAUUCUUAUGCAGAUAUAACAUAGAAUAAUAUUAUUGUACCAUCUUUCAAUUCAAAUUGAAUAAAAAACACAAUUAUU